AUGACUUUAAUUCUUUUCUGCGUGCUUGCAGCGAUAGCAUCUGCGUGAAAUCCAACAAAUGGUUCUAUAAACGGCUAUUAUAACCUUACAGAAGUCAACAAUCUCUUAUUCCUUCCCCUGAGAAUGAGUUCAUAUUUUUAAAUAUUAUGUAUAAAUGCUUUAUUUUAAAUUUUUUUCAAAAUUUAAAAUAUAAGGACAUUGCUAAUUAAAUUUUAAAUUCUAAUUAUUUAAAAUUUAUUGAAUUACUGAUAAUUUAUAUUUCUUAAUAUCAUAGUUAGAAGAAUGAACCAAAAUUCAUAAUGGAACAGAAACUUUUACAAUCGGCAAAUCGCUAAGAGGCAAAGAAAUAAAAGCUUUUCGUCUUAAUUUAGGAAAAGGUCCAGCUGUUCUUGUCAUAGGCUGCCACCACGUGACUCUCGAGGCAACUAACCGCAAAGACUUUUUUAGCCUAUUUUUGACCUAUUUUUUGUUUUAUGAUCUUUUACCUAUUUUUUUGCUCAAUUGUUUUGACCUAUUUUGUGCUAAUUGCUUUGUCAAUAAUUCCAUAUUAUUUAUAAAUACUUUAUUCUAUUGUUUUAUAAAUUUUUUAGCAUUAAAAAACUGUCUUUAUAAUAUAGUCGUUAUUUCAAGUAGCCAUGCCACCAUGCUCGUGAACUGAUCUCAACAACUCAAGUUCUGUCAAUUUUGAACUACAUCUUACAAGAAGAAUCUGAAGAAAUAGAUUACAUAAGAAAAAACAGAGAAAUAAUAUUUAUCCCAGUCUUAAAUGUAGAUGGCUUACAAAAAAUCAGUGAACACUAUGAUAAAACCCAUACAAUCAUCGAUAUAAGGAAAAAUCAGAGACCAACAGAAACUUGUCCUGGAGACGACCAUGGGGUGGAUUUAAAUAGAAAUUAUGAGUAUAUGUGGGGCUUCGACAAUGAAGGGUCUUCAAAUAACUCAUGUGGCGAAGACUACAGAGGAAGCUCCCCAUUUUCAGAGCCAGAAACCAAAGCUAUUAGAGACUUAUUAUUAAACAAAUCAUUUUCAGUAGCUGUUUCCUAUCAUAGCUGGGGUGACCUUUAUGUGCAUCCAUGGUGCUAUAGAAAUUCUUUUAACCCUUCUGAUUUAAGGCCUGAAGAUUGGAGUCUUUAUAAUAGCGUAAAAACUAUACUGCCAAGCACUGCCCAAAUGGGGAAUCCAAACCAACUUCUUAAUUAUGCUGUAAAUGGCUGCUUUAUAGAUUUCGCAUAUUCAUUAGGCAUAUUUAGCAUGGCCGUUGAACUCGGGCCUGAAAAUGAUUUUCAUCCCCCAAUUGGCAAAGUUAAAGGUAUUCUUGAAAACCAUCUUGCUCCUUUUAUGUACUUACUCAAACACUCAGGCCCAGUUAUGAACUUAUGGCUUCAAAAUUUAACAAUCCAUGGCUCAGUUGUGGAGUUUUAUUUAGAAAUUUAUAACCAAGGCAUGCAAGAUGCUACAAACCAAACCCUCACAUUUGAGCUGUCCCACGAGUAUUCCAUCCAUCAUUUCUUUCCCUAUAACACUUUUGCGCACAACAAAAACGGCAGGCUCACAAAUAUCCAUCUUCCUGCUAUCUCUAAGCGCUCCAAACAGGCUAUAAUGUUUAAAAUCAGUCUAGACGAGUCUGCAGACGAAUUUUUAUACAGCUUUUACUUCCAGCCCCAUUCUCCUCUUAAUGCCCAACUUUCUAACACCAUUCAGUAUAAGAUAGUAAGAGGGAGCACUGCGGUCCUCUUAUGGAUUGUUAUUCUCAUUAUUGCUCUUAUAGGAGUCGCAGUAGUCGUGGUGUUCAGAUUUACCAAGAAAAGAAUCACCCCAAUCAAAUUUGUUGAACUUGACAAAUUUAACAAAGCCAACAGUCAGGGCACUCCUACCAUUUAA